AUGAAAUUAGAAAUGCUUUUAUCUGUCAGGGAAAUGACAAGUCUCCCGGUCCCGAUGGCUAUACUCCUUAUUUUUUUCAAACAUGCUUGGCCUAUUAUUUCUGAGGAUGUUAUUGCUGCCAUUAAACAUUUCUUUCAAGAAUCCUUCCUUCUUCCAGCCUUCAAUGCUACCACCAUAGCUUUGGUGCUUAAGAUUCCCAACCCAAGCAAAGUUAAAGACUUUAGACUAAUAUCAUGUUGCUCUGUGUUCUACAAAGCAAUUUCAAAAAUUCUGCUUCGAAGACUUCAGAUUCUCAUCCCUGAUAUUAUUUCUCUCAACCAAACCGCUUUUAUAAAAGGGAGAAGUAUUCUGGAUAAUACACUUCUAGCUCAAGAACUAGUUCGCGGGUAUAAUAGGAAAAAUAUCUCUCCUAGAUGCUCUUUAAAGAUUGACAUUCAUAAAGCCUUUGACACUCUGAAUUGGGACUUCAUUUCUACCAUUUUACAAUCCAUUGGUAUGCCAAGUACUUUCAUCAAUUGGAUUGAACUUUGCUUCUCUACUGCUAGAUUCUCUAUUUCCUUUAAUGAGAGUCUUAUUGGUUUCUUUAAGGGAGCUAAAGGCAUUCGUUAA